AUGCAUUCCGAGCAGGCUGCCAGCUUACUGCCGCUGGAGAUUCUCAGCCGAACAUUCAAUUUUGCCAAUGACGACGAGGCCAAAUGGUGGCAUACCACAGCGCCGCUCUUCGCCAAAAUGCUUAUCAAUGCUAACUACGAUGUACACGCACAGUACAGAUUUCUGUGCCUUCACCGCGAGUUUGUUGUUCCCAACUUGGGGGCGUAUCCUACGGCAGGGGCCCAAGUGAGCUGGAAGAGCAUGCUCACCCGUUAUGGACUUCCUUUCGAAUUAAGCUACAAUGUUUCCCAAUCUCUCGUCCGUUUCGCCUUCGAGCCAAUUGGCAGUUUUGCUGGCACCGAGCAAGAUUUAUUUAACACCAAGGCGAUCACUGAGACAUUGCACAGAUUUGGAAAAAUUGUUCCAGGUCUCCAUCUGGAAUGGUACAAUAGUUUCAGGUCGGAUCUUAUUGUCUCGGACGAAGAAGCCAAAAUGGCCCGCAACACCACCAUCCCAUUCCGUACGCAGAGUGUCAUUGCAGCCGACAUGGAGCCAAACGGGGAUAUGUUACUGAAAGCCUAUUUCUGCCCCAGAAUUAAAUCUGUUGUCACCGACAAAUCAAAGGAAAGGCUGAUGUUUGACGCUAUCCGGAAGGUCGAUCAUGACGGCCAACUUAAGAUACCGCUAUCAACUUUAACAGAAUUUUUGGCUUCGCGCGCCUCUGAGGCUGGAGCGCAAGGCUCUGCCCUUAUUGCGCAUUUUUUUUCAUGUGAUCUUGUUCAGCCGUCCGAAUCACGAAUUAAAAUGUACUGUUACGAGACAAAGCGGGACUUUGAUGCCCUUACCAGCGACUGGACAUUGGGAGGAAGGCGCAAUGACCCACAGACAUUGGCCGGCCUGGAGCUACUCAAGGAGCUAUGGGACUUGCUGCCAAUCACUGAGGGGCGUAGCGAAGGCCCUCCUGGCUUCCACGAGCUGGGUACUUCGCCCGCAGAACGCCUGCCAUUCAUUAUCAAUUUCAGCCUCUGCCCAGGGAAUCCCAUCCCGGAACCCCAGAUAUACUUCCCGGUAUUUGGGUACAAUGACACGGUGGUUGCCAAUGCUUUGAAGGCUUUCUUCCGCCGCAUGGGCUGGAUAGGCUUAGCCGACUCAUACAUGGCCAACCUGUGCGAGUACUAG